GUAGUCCAGCCUCUGUAACACUAACGGAACGCCUUAUUCUUUGAUUCUAUCUGCUACUUGUAAAUCUAAGCUCAUAAUGCUUAGAUCUGGAAAAUGACUAAUUUUUAAAAAUGCAGAAGUCCAUAAUUAUGGCUAUUGCUGGUGCAGUAGCGAUCACCGUCCUGAUUGCCACCGGUAUUACCCUAGCAGUGGUCCUCACAAGGAAAGGAUCUGAUCCAGGACCAGAGGAGGAACAAAAUUCCACAACAAUCAUGACAAACGAGACUGAGACUACCCCACUGUUCACCCUUGGCUCUACAGAAACUGAGAACACCAAGACUGAAACCGUAGAAAUUGCCACCGUCACCAAAUUGCCAACACCAGAACGACCGAUUACACUUCCCACAGAUCAACCAAGGAACCUUUCACUGUCGGACAUUCUGAGAACCAAGCGUGAGUAUAACCGAAUAAGCGUGCCAUUUCAAAUUUCCCGCUUUUCCUUGCAGUUCUUCGUGGCUGCCCGUAUCGAUUUAUUGCGAUCAACGACGCCCACGCCGUCCCAUUCAUUCUCGGUGCGCCGAGCGGUCUGCAGGUCUGGUCUCUACUUCCUCUAUCUGACAAUGCCUCCAUUUGCUGCCGGCGUAAAGAAAAAUCCCUUCAGGAAAGAAGUGAACAAAACGUGGUCGGGAACAUUUCCGGAAAAUGUGGAUGGCCUAAUCGAAUCAACUACCUUCAUAACAAGAUGCAUGUACAUCACUUUUUGUCACAUACUCGCUUGCAGGCGACUGAUGCCAAGCAAUGUGUUCAAGAAGAGGAUUAUAGAUGGUGAUCUUCGGGCAUACGUCAUGGAUACAACUGAACUUCUGGGUGCUAGAUUCGUGCAAAAAUUCAAGGGCAUCAAUAGUGCUGUGGAGAAAGGGUAUCUUCAAGAACUGAUGCUGGUUGUCUCUCCCACAGACGAAGAUGAUAUGGAUGCUAUUGAGCUAUAUACUUGGAGAAUGCGCUACGAUACUGAUGGGGACCCUCAAGCCGAACUUACAUUACCUGAUGGAACAGUCAUGGCUGCACUCCGUUUCCAAGGCAUGCAGUUUUUGAAAAACCAAGUUACGGAACUCUUACUGGCGUUGAGAGCGUUGUGUCGAGAGUCGCUUAGCCCGCUCCCUCCAACUGCUUCGGCUGCUGUACGCAUCACCUAUACCGACAGGACUCCGAAAGGUUAUCAGGCUCCAGGAUUUUAUCGCUCUCCGGAUGAUCCAGUGUUAAGACCAGAUGCACAGAAACUGGAGAUCGUAGCCUUUCAAACCAAGCAUCAUGGUGCUUCCAUAGCUGUUAACAGCAUCUUCAUCGAUGAUUCAUAUGCAGUGGGCCUCAGACUCAAAGAAACGAUGAAACUAGACGGCUUGGAUGAUUCCUUGAACCAGUCGUUUGGUGAGGAGCAAGGAGCUGGUGACGAGAUUCAGACUUCAAAUGAAACAUUAGAGCGUAUCAGUGGGCCAAUCGAGGGCCAGAGUGACACGAUGGAGAUACCGCGUGAUGGCGAAAGAGAAGUCCAGAACACCUCCACCAUGAGUACUAGUACAAUGGAUGCCCGAGGGUCCUCGAUAAAUACAAAUUUAUCAGAGAGUACUACCGAAGACGUGCGUCCCAAACGUGGAAGGCGUGGCCACCCAGCUGCCGUCAAGGUCAAACCGGGUCAGGCCAUAGAAGAACGAGCAAGGAGUCCUGUAGUAGUAUCAGCCUCUCCCAAAAGAAUGGCUACACCUGGACCCGAAGUGGAAGAAGAUAACAAUGGCGACACUCCUCCCACUAAAAGAACACCUGGUUUUGUCAAGACAACAAAGAUUACACCCAAGCAGCCGCCGCAAAGAAGAAGAUAUUGAAGGCAAGCAGAUGCAAGGAUUUCUGGUCAAAGUUUUCUGUGAAUAUCUUACUGUACCAUAGAGUAUAUUUGAUAUUUUAUUUUAUACAUGUAUGUUUUUCACUUCGGGAAUCUAGCAUAAAGAAGCCGUGGCUUCUUUCUGCUAAAGUUCCUUUCGUACCGCAAAAAUCUAAUUCUUGAAAUCUCUUGUAGCUCAUCAAAAGGUCAUAGUCACUACGCUUUUGUUCCUUCAUUUAUUUUGCUGCGAUCGUUACGCUUAAUCUGAAUUGUCGCGCUAUCAAAACUUGUAUAUGUUUGCUUUUCUUGUACUGUUGCUGUCCGUGUCAUUGGAAUGUUCAAUAGUUUAUAUGCUUACUGUGCAUAUUUCUUGUGUAUGAUAUUAAAUAAUACAAUGUAAUAUUUAAUAAUACAAUGUAAUCGUUUUCAGAGAGCAGAGGUGAUCAUACCGCGUAUGUUAUCUCAUGCGUACAGCUAAUUUGGUUUACUCAUGUUCGUUUGGUGGUGUUUAUUCUUAUCGUCCGGUGAUGUUUAUUUCUUGUAAAAAUCGAC